AUGGCAGGCCAGGAAUCGAAGGCUCCUCAGAGCCGGCGAGUCGGAGACCAUUGGAGUGGCGCCAAUCCUAUCCCCACCAUCCACCACUUCAUGGAAAAUAUUGACGCCGAGAAGAAGGAACGGGAUCACAGAAUUGACGAAGAAAAUCGGAUCAAGAAGGAAGAAGCUGCUCGCAAAAAGGCAGCAGAGAAUUCGGAGGAGAAGCCUGAGGCGACAGAUGGAGAUGUUGUCGCUCACAAGGCACGCGAAGUCUCACAGGCCAAGGUGCGCACUGUGACCGAUCCGACUACGGGUAAGGAUAUCGGUGUGGAGGAUCAAGAUGAGACAUCUAUGGAUACUGUCAAAAACCCUAUGUUGACUGUCCCGAACGCCAAUAUUGGAAAGCCUACGAACGGAGUCCAAACUAGCGCCGACCAAGAGCUUCCAGAAUAUAAAGAAAGUCAAGAUAUUACAGCUCCUCCCGAUCCAAUUGCUGAAGGCACCACCUCCGAUGUUCCCAUUCGAGGAGAAAAGACGAACGUUCUGUUCCACCCUACACCAACAGUCUCCUACAAGCCUAUGUUUGAUAAUAUUGAGAAACGCGCUACAGCACUCUGUAUUGGAAUUCCCGUUGCCAUCAUUAUUCUGGGUCGGACGUUUGGAGGUUCUCUUUGGGGACUGGUUCCCUUGGCCUUCUGUGUUACGAGCGGCGUGUGGUUAUGGAUGCAGGAAGUUAUCCGGAGUGGUCGAGAUAUGGAGUGGAGUAGUGAGCAGCUCCGUGGUCAGAUGGCUACUGCGAACCUGCUCCCCGAGUCUGUGGAGUGGAUGAACAGUUUCCUCGGUGUUGUAUGGGGAUUGGUUAACCCAGAAAUGCUGACUCCCAUGGCCGACACUAUUGAAGACAUCAUGCAAGUGUCUGCACCCAAGGUUGUCGAGAACGUUCGAAUCGCAGAAAUCGACCAAGGAAACAACCCACUUCGGAUCCUGAGCAUGCGAGCUCUUCCCGAUGAGCAUGUUCAAGAAUUGAAGGACAACAUCCACGAAGAAAACAUGAAGAACAAAGAUCCACAGGAGGCCGCUGCUGCGGAGGAAGGAGGCAGUUAUUACAACAUGGAAGCCUCCUUCGCCUACCAUGCAAAGCCAUCCUCCCAAAAUGCCUCAUCCAAGGCACGCAACAUGCACAUGCAACUUGUAUUCUAUCUGGGUAUCCGAGGACUCUUCGGUGUCCCUUUCCCUGUCUUUGUGGAGCUGAUUGAGUUAGUCGGAACCGUCCGCAUGCGCUUCCAAAUGAUGCCUGAAGCUCCCUUCAUGAAGGAUGUUACUUUCACCUUGGUCGGUAUUCCCCAUGUCAAGGCGGGCUGUAUGCCUAUGCUGCGAAAGGGAGUCAAUGUUCUCAACCUCCCUCUCAUCUCAAACUUUGUCAACUCCGCCAUUGGCACUGCAUGCGCCAUGUUCGCAGCUCCCAAGUCCAUGACCAUGGAUCUUGGUAUGAUGCUGAAGGGCGAUGAUAUCCACAAGGAUACUCUGGCUCUCGGUGUGAUGUGGAUUCGCAUUCACCGCGCAGCCGGUUUGAGUAAGCAAGAUACCCGUGGCAGCGAGGGCGGUGGCAGUGACCCAUACAUCAACCUCUCCUUCUCAAAGUAUGGCAAGCCCAUGUAUUGUACUCGUGUCAUUACGGACGACCUUAACCCUAUGUGGGAAGAGACUGCUGCUCUCCUCGUGACACCUGAGUUGAUCAAGGCAAACGAGAACCUGAGCAUCGAGCUUUGGGAUUCGGACCGUAACACCGCGGACGAUAUCGUUGGAAAGAUUGAGCUGCCAAUUCGUGAGAUGAUUCAGCACCCCGGCCGGAUGUACCCCCAGGUAUCGAAGCUUCAAGGUAUGGACGAGGGCAGUGAGAUGCCUGGCCAGCUGCAUUGGGAGGUUGGAUACUUCGGGAAGCCCAAACUGCGCCCCGAGCUCCGAAGCGAUGGUAAGAAGAAGGAUCUACCCGAGAAUCUCAAGGGUGAUCCCACCUUCGAAGACGAGAAGGGUGCUAUCAAUAACGAAGAAGAAGAUGCUGUUAUGCACACGCCACCCGAUCCUAUCUGGCCCAGUGGUAUCGCACACAUUGUUGUGCACCAGAUUGUGAACCUUCAGAUUGCGAACAUCAAGGGUAGUGACGGUAACCGCAAAGGCAAGGAAUAUGAGCCUGCGAAGCCUUAUGGCGAGAACACGGAAGAGCAGGGAGAUGAUCUGCCCACCAGCUACUGCAAGGUUCUGCUGAACGAUCAAUUGGUCUAUCGCACUCGUGCCAAGGCUGUGAGUUCCAAGCCAAUUUUCAACGCUGGUACUGAGCGCUUUGUUCGUGACUGGCGCUCUGCUGUGGUAACUGUGACCGUUCGGGAUCAACGCUACCGUGAACAUGAUCCUAUCCUGGGUGUUGUUCCCAUCAAACUUUCCGACAUCCUCCAAACUAGCUCCCAGGUCACCCGUUGGUACCCACUGGAUGGAGGUAUCGGGUUCGGGCGUAUCCGUAUCUCUAUUCUCUUCCGUCACGUUGAGACCAAGCUCCCACCCAACAUGCUUGGAUGGGAUGUCGGAACUUUUGAAUUCGCCGGACAGAAAGUCACUGCCAAGGACUAUGGUAAACACACUAAGAUCAAGUUGCGCACCGGUGGCAGCACUGGCAAGAUCCCACGACACAAAUGCCACUUGGAUGGAAGCGAUGCUACAUUCGACACCUCUGAUGAGACAUUCCGGGAUUCGCUCCGUAUGCCAGUCAAGCAUCGUUACCGUUCCCCUGUCGUCUUUGAAUUCCAUAGCCAGGGAAAGCGCGGCUCCGUGGCCUACGCCGUCCUGUGGCUCCAACAUCUCGUCGACAAUGAAGAAACCGACAUCGACAUUCCUAUUUGGACAACCAAGAUGGGUGCCCGUCUCACUCAGAAUUAUGUUACUGAGCAGAACUGGCGUGCCAAGCAGGUUCCAGGCCUCGAAGACCUGACUGAAGUAGGACGUCUGCAGUUCCGCUGCAAGUUCUCCCCAGGGAUCGAUGAAUCCCACGAGCGCUUUGUGGUUGACAAUGAUUCACGCGAGACCUUUGAGACUUGGGAGGCGUGCAUGGCACAGGGUGUCCGCUCUCGCAGCGUCGAAAUCGAAGUACCUGCCGAAGUCCAAGAAAAGCACGAACAAUCUCUGAUCGACGGACGCGACGUAUUGAAGCAGGCAUCGCCCGCCGAGCGUCGGAAGUGGAUUUCGAACGAUGGCUCAGACUGGAGUGGUGCUUUUGGCCAUGACCCACGUGCGUACACCGAUUCUAUCGGACGCAAGGUCGCCGAGCCAGGACGUGACUCGCCUCCCCACGACCCUGUCACCCCACCUCCAUUGAAGGGACAGCCUUCCUCUAAGCCAAAUAUUGAGGAACAGGAUCAUACCUCUCCCGCGUCGGAUGAUGAUACCUCUGACUCGGAGAGCCAGGAGUCGUCUUUGUCCCAGGGACCCUCAAUUCUCAGUGGUAGUGCCAGCAGCAGCAAGGGCAAUGCCGGGGCUUCUUCUUCGAUGAGUAGCAGCCAGAUCAACAAGGCAAACAAGCGUAGUGAGCAACGGCAACAGCGUGGUAUGAUGCAAUGGCGCCCCGCUCGGAAUGCUGCAUUCGCUAAGGAUGAGGCCAAGUUUGCGUUGCGGAAGAUCAAGAAGAAGAUCGGUGCCGGCGACCUCACGGGUCGCGAGCCUGAUGUUGAGACGGAGACUUAA